UUAGAGAAUUACAUCCUUCUCAUUUCUAAAAUUAAAGAAACGUUCAGGGCAAGUGAUUAGAAACUAUUUUACCUUCACUGAGGACUCACUUGCAGGCGCCUUCUGCUGUUAAGCAGGCCUGUUUUUGGUAUAAAGCGCGGAGGAGGAAGUAGCCAGGCUUUGCACUGACUGAAACGAGUCCAGACAGGUUAAAGUGAAAGCAAAAGAGAUCAACAUGACGCAGUAAAGAAUAGAAAUAUGGUUUAUCUCUGCAAUGUAAUAUGUAGGAAGUGAUAUGAAUUCCGAAAUGAGUCUCCCAGGAGAGCACCGUGGCAAGAAAGACAAGAGUCUGAUUCAGGCAAAGAUAUCAAACUUACCUGAAUCCAGCUGCGUGUCCAGGCACAAAGAACGCUCUAUGAGCCAUCCACUGAAUCAGAAAGAUGGGGACGAUUCUGCUGAGCUCAGUCUGAUUCAGGAAAAGAGAUCAGACUCCCCUGAACCCAGCUGUGUGUCCAUGCGGACUGAACGGUCAAUGAGCCCUCCACUGAAUUACAAAGAGGUUGACCACUCUGCUGAAUUCAGUCUGAUUCAGGCAAAGAUAUCAAACUUACCUGAAUCCAGCUGCGUGUCCAGGCACAAAGAACGCUCUAUGAGCCAUCCACUGAAUCAGAAAGAUGGGGACGAUUCUGCUGAGCUCAGUCUGAUUCAGGAAAAGAGAUCAGACUCCCCCCAACCCAGCUGUGUGUCCAUGCGGACUGAACGGUCAAUGAGCCCUCCACUGAAUUACAAAGAGGGUGUUUGUUCUGCUGAAUUCAGUCUGAUUCAGGCAAAGAUAUCAAACUUACUUCAGUCCAGCUGUGUGUCCAGGCAAAAAGAACGCUCUAUGAGCCAUCCACUGAAUCAGAAAGAUGGGGACGAUUCUGCUGAGCUCAGUCUGAUUCAGGAAAAGAGAUCAGACUCCCCCCAACCCAGCUGUGUGUCCAUGCGGACUGAACGGUCAAUGAGCCCUCCACUGAAUUACAAAGAGGGUGUCUGUUCUGCUGAAUUCAGUGUAAAGCAGAGCAGGACGCAAAAGAUUGCACUGCAUGUCCAGAGGAAGAUGAAGCAGACAGACCUCUCUAACACAUUUCAGACCCAGCAUCAUACUGUUUAUCAUCAAAAACUCAAAUCUAAACUGAUAGAGGAUUGCAAAAGAAUUAAUGAAGGAAUCUCACAGCACGGAACAUCAACUUUUGUGAAUGAGAUCUACACAGACCUCUACAUCACAGAAGGAUGGAUUGGAGAGGUCAAUAAUGAACAUGAGGUGAGACAGAUUGAGACAAUGUCUAGACGACUUGCGUCGCAGGAGACACCCAUCAAAUGCAAUGACCUUUUUAAAGAUAAACCCAUAAGAACUGCACUGACAGUAGGAGUUGCUGGAAUUGGAAAAACAGUCUCUGUGCAGAAGUUCAUUCUAGACUGGACUGAAGGAAAAGCAAAUCAGGAUGUCCUCUUCAUAUUUCCACUUCCUUUUAGAGAGAUGAAUUUAAUGAAGGAGAAAAGGUUCUGUCUUAUGGAGCUUCUUCAUCACUUUUUCCCAGAAAUAAAUGAAUUACAUUCAGUUGACUGUAAUUCUUACAAAGCCCUGUUCAUUUUUGAUGGCCUGGAUGAGUGUCGCCUGCCUCUAGAUUUUCAGAACAAUGAGAGCUUGUGGGAUGUAACAGAUUCCGCUUCAGUGGAUGUACUGCUAACAAACCUCAUCAAGGGGAAUCUGCUUCCCUCUGCACUCCUCUGGAUAACGUCUAGACCAGCUGCAGCCAGUCAGAUCCCACCUGGGUGUGUUGACCAAGUAACAGAAAUACGGGGAUUCAGUGACCCUCAGAAAGAGGAAUACUUUAGGAAGAAAAUCAGUGACCAAAACCUGGCCAAUAAAAUCAUCACACACAUAAAGUCCUCAAGAAGCAUUUACAUUAUGUGCCACUUACCAGUCUUUUGUUGGCUUGCUGCUGUUGUUGUAGAGAGAGUGUUACAUGCAGCAGAACAUGGAGAGGUCCCCAAGACACUGACUCAGAUGUUCACACACUUCCUGAUCUUUCAGACCAAAUGCAAGGACCAAAAGUGUCAUGGAAACCGUGACAUUGAUCCACACCAGACUAGAAGGUGUAUUCUGGCACUGGGAAAACUGGCUUUCCAACAGCUGGAAAAAGGCAAUCUGAUCUUUUAUGAGGAAGACCUGAGAGAGUGUGGCAUUGAUCUCACAGGUGUGCCAAUGUACUCAGGAAUGUUCACCCAAAUCUUCAGGGAGGAAUUUGGGCUGCAUUUGGGGAAGGUGUUCAGCUUUGUGCACCUUAGUGUUCAGGAGUUUCUGGCUGCUUUAUUUGCCUUUUUAUCCUUCACAAGCAGAGAUGUAACAAAGCAACACUUAACCACUGAUCUUUCUGAUAUUUUCACAAAGUCAGAAAUGUCAGACUUCCUGAAAUAUGCGGUGGACAAGGCCUUACAGAGUGAGAAUGGACACCUUGACCUUUUCCUCCGUUUCCUUCUGGGCCUCUCAUUGGAGCCCAAUCAGGCUCUCUUAAAAGACUUACUGAAACACACAGGAAGCAGCACCCACAGUAAAGAGGAAAUAAUCAAGUAUAUAAAGGAGAAGAUCAGAGAGAAUCCCUCAGCAGAGAAAUCCAUCAGUUUAUUUCAUUGUCUGAAUGAACUGAAUGAUCAUUCGCUUGUGCAGGAAGUCCAAACAUACCUUAACACAGAAGGUUACUUUCGUCUCAGUGGAGCCAGGCUCUCUAUGGCUCAGUGGUCAGCUCUGGUGUUUGUGUUGCUGAACUCAGAAGAUGAGCUGGAUGAGUUUAAUCUUCGUAAAUAUGACACAUCAGAGGAAGCUCUUGUCAGGCUGCUGCCAGUGGUCAAAGCAUCCAGAAAUGUUGUACUACGUGUGUGUGAUUUAACGGAGAAAAGCUGUGCAAUUCUGGCUUCAGCUCUCAGCUCAAAUUCCUCAAAUCUGAGAGAGUUGAAUCUGAAUAGCAAUGAACUGGGGGAUUCAGGAGCAAAGCUGCUCUCUGCUGGACUGGAGAAUGCAUAUUGUAAACUGGAGACACUCAGGCUGUGUAACUGCAAUAUUAGAGAGGAAGGCUGUGCUGCUCUGGCCUCAGCUCUAAAAGCAAAUCCUUCUCAUCUAAGAAAGCUGAAUUUGAAUUUGAACAAUCCAGGAAAGUCAGGAGUGAAGCUGCUAUCUGAAUUACUCAGGGAUCCACGCUGUAAAAUGGAGAACCUACAGUUGUCUAACUGUAAUCUCACAGAGGAGAGCUGCGUAGAUCUGGCUUCUGCUUUCAACUCAAACUCUUCAAGUUUGAGAGAGCUAGACCUAAGUUACAAUGAACUACUGCAAGAUUCAGGAAUGAAGCUGCUUUCUGUGGGAUUGGAAAAUCAACAAUGUAGACUGGCAUCACUGGGGUUAUGUAGCUGCAGUAUUACAAACGAAGGCUGUGCUGCUCUGGCUUCAGCUCUGAAAUCAAAUCCCUCCCACCUUAAAGAGUUAAAUCUAAAUCACAACGAACUAGGAGACUCUGGAGUGAAGCUGCUUUCAGAUUUUCUGGAGGAUUCCCAUUGUGUGCUGAAGAAACUACAGUUGUGUAAUUGUAAACUCACAGAGAAAAGUUGUGCAGUAUUGGCCUCAGCUCUCAGCUCAAAGCCCUCAAGUUUGAAAGACCUGGAUUUGAGUAACAAUGAACUUUACAAUUCAGGAGUGAAUCUCCUCUUUGCUGGACUGGAAAAUCUGCACUGUAAACUUGAGAAACUGGGACUGCGUGAUUGUAAACUUACAGACACAAGCUGUGCAGUGCUGGCCUCAGGUAUCAGCUCACUUUCCUCAAGUCUGAGAGAUCUGGACCUAUGUAACAAUGAACUGCAGAAUUCAGGAGUGAAGCUUCUCUCUGCUGGACUGGAGAAUCCAAACUGUAAACUGCAGAAACUAGGGCUGUAUGACUGCAGUAUUACAGAGGAAGGCUGUGCGUCCCUGGCUUCAGCUCUGAAAUCAAACCCUUCACACCUGAGAGAACUGAAUUUGAACUGCAAUAAACUAGGGCAGUCAGGAGUGAAGCUGCUGUAUGAUUUGCUGGAUGAUCCACACUAUAAACUGGAGAAAGUACAAGGCUUGAAGAGAGAGCCAAAAGGGAGAGAGACUGAACCCGCCAACACUGAAGCAGAAGAACCCAGGGUGAAAGGAAAUUGAUGGUGUCAACAACUAUUUGCUACUUUGCUCACUAGUUUAUGAGAAUCUGAUCACCAUACAGCAGGUCUAUUAUGAGUCUCACACACAAAGGAUUAUGAAGAGAGGAUGAAGUCUUUGUACAAAAUUCACACUUUCAGUACAUGGUACUGCAUGUUAAUGACGACUUGGGACCUUUUCGAAUCAAAUUUGUGCACUUGCAUCUACCAUUCAGUCAAACUCUUAAUGUUGCUGAAUGACCUUAUAUUGGUUAUGAAAGUGUGUGAAAAUCAGUGCUGGGCAUCGACUUUGAGUACAAGUGGAGAUUCAUAAACACUCCCUAAAGCUCCAUCCCUGGAAUCACUAAUGAGAGUGAAAACCCUUCUCCAUGUUCCUGGAAGCCACCACUCCUACACACCUACAGAAAACCAAGUCUUGUGAAGAUGUCAGUUGAAUGAACUAAAACACUAUUGUCUUGAUCAUCUCUAAUAGUUAUUGGUAUAAAGUGUCCCUGGGGUUAAGAGAUUCCUUUGAUAAUGUUCCCUUAUGGGUUAAAAGACAUUGCACACCUAGACUGGAAUUCAUCAGCACUACAUUCAUUAUUUCAUUGUCUGUUUAUGACCAUGAAAAUACCACCUGUGAUCUAUUAUUAUGACUUGGAUCAGUAUACAUUUAAUACUUUGCAAUUAUACAUUGCAUCUGACUUUGAUUAGUUUGAAUAUUUUUUUUAACUACAGAGAAAUAAUACAUUAUAUGCGUCUAUAUAUAGUCUGUCUAUGAUUGAAAGGUAACAGGGUUUUGUUUGUAAAACUUUUUGUAGCAGGUGUUACGUGUCGGGCCUGAACAAGGGGGGGGCUUUUCUGGCUGGUGUUAUUUUCUUUCUCUUUUCUAUUCUCUCUCACUUUCUUGCUUGCUUGCCAGUAUGUCCCCUCCCUCGUUUGUUCCCUAUCUCCAUUACAGGUUGUCUGCAGUGUCAGUCAUCGUUAGAGGACCCGUCCCCCACUGCGGCCAAUCAUCAUCCAGAAUUCAGGCCCUGGAGGAGGGACUUGGAUUUUAAAAGAAGACCGGCGAAGCUCGUGAGGAAGCUGGCGUUACCCCUGGAGUCUAAGCUGGUUCCAUGCUUUCCUUGCUGCUCCGCUGUUUUCACGGGACUGUGGUGUGUGUGUGUGUGUGUGUGUGUCGGGUAAUUGAAGUGGCCUAGUGCAAGUUUAAGUCCCUGGCACUGAUAGUCUGUUGGUUUUCCUUUAUUACAACUCUCACUCUCUCUCUCGCUGCUGCUGUGUUUUCCUGGGGUUCUGGACAGGGUAGAGGGGCGCGCUCAUACAUAUUACAUCACGUAGUGGCCCAAUGUAUAGACACCCUAGGUAAGGGGCAGGCGCCAACCCGUGUAUUUCGGUUUUGUGUUGGGGAGACUAGUGUAGUCAGUGUUUUGUUUUUCACUAGGUAACUGACGCAACGAACUAGGGUAGUUUUAUUUUUCGUUGGUUUUGAUUAUUUCUUUCCUUUGGCGCCAUCCGGGUCCAGAAGUCCAUUUAGUUUUUCUUUUGAUAGUUAUAAAUAUUGUAAAUAUUGUAAAUAUUGGUGGCUGUUGUUAUGAGGGGAGGGUCCCACUCGUCCCCGGUGCGGUGUGAAAUAAACAGCACAAAAGACGCUGAA